AGAGAUAGAGACACAGUCAGAGAGAGAGGGAAGCAGUGUUAGUUGAGCGCAGACACGAGACAUGAGCUGAACGAGGCAGUUGGACAGAUAAACACAACAAUGAGUCAAAAACACCAAGCAGGAUAAAGAGAAAGACGUCAAGAGGGACUGAGACCAAAGGACACACAGAAAGACAUAUAUAUAUAUAUAUAGAGAGAGAGAGAGAGAGAGAGAGAGAGAGAGAGACGCCUCUUGGACUUCUCCCCGUCUGCUGUGGCAGGCAUGGCGUCGGAACCGGGCACGCAGUCCAGAGUGAUGUUUCAGACCAAAGAGGAGGAGCCUGCCCAACGCAAACUGGGCAAACUAACGGUCAAAUACAACCGCAAAGACCUGCAGAGGAGACUGGACAUCGAGGAGUGGAUAGACGGACAGCUGCACCUGCUGUAUGACUGUGAGGAGGAGGACAUUCCAGAGUUGGAGAUCGACAUCGAUGAACUUCUGGAGCUCACAGAUACCGAACAGAGAUCUAGACUGCAGGAGCUUUUGCAAGAAUGUGGAAAGCCAAAGGAGGACUUUAUCAACGGGCUGCUUUACCGUAUAAAAGGACUUCGAAAGAUGUCAGGAACGCUGAAGAAAUAGGAUAAGGUCAAAGUCUGGAGUCGUCAAGAUAAAGUGAACCAUCUUGCUCCGCCCCCUACCAUAACCCCGCCUCCGGCCCCACCCCUGAAUCAUCCUGUAUGUAAAGCACUGAGUGUCUGUCUGUGGAGUCAUGGGUCAAUGAAGGAAUAUUCUACAAACAGUGUUUUAACCACUAUUACCGGCAAUUCUGUACAGUUUUGACAGAUUUCUCUCAGCAGGUGUCUUUUUUUGUUUUUGUUUCUUUAAGUGAAAUGUACAUUUUGGUUGCCUAUUCAUAAUAUAUAUAUAUAUAUUGU